CGCCAUUGGCUGCCGCGUCGAGUGGCGGUGGCGCAUGCGCGGCGGCGCGAGUUGGAACUCGGCGAGCUGGCGCGCGGCGGGAGGCGUUGCGCUGGCCUCGGGAGCGGUUACCCGCUGUGCCCGUUUAUUACCGUCCCUGCGCGUCGUUUGCGCGUCCGAAAUGGCGAGCAAGGAAGUGCUGGAGGACACUGUGGAGGAGCGCGUCAUCAGCGAGGAGUACAAGAUCUGGAAGAAGAACACCCCCUUCUUGUACGACCUGGUGAUGACACACGCGCUGGAGUGGCCCAGCCUCACCGUGCAGUGGCUGCCUGAUGUGAGCAGGUCGGAAGGAAAGGAUUAUGCUCUACACUGGCUGGUUUUGGGAACACACACCUCUGAUGAACAGAACCAUCUGGUUGUUGCAAGAGUCCAGAUUCCCAAUGAUGAUCAGUUUGAUACUUCCCAGUAUGACAGUGAGAAAGGAGAGUUUGGUGGGUUUGGAUCUGUGACUGGCAAAAUUGAAACAGAGAUUAAAAUUAACCACGAAGGUGAAGUGAAUCGUGCUCGUUACAUGCCACAGAACCCAUGUAUCAUUGCUACUAAAACACCUUCUGCUGAUGUGUUGGUAUUUGACUACACUAAACAUCCUUCAAAACCAGACCCAAGUGGAGAGUGUAAUCCAGAUCUUAGAUUAAGAGGGCACCAGAAGGAAGGCUAUGGUUUGUCAUGGAACUCAAAUUUGAAAGGACAUCUUCUCAGUGCAUCAGAUGAUCAUACUGUGUGUUUAUGGGAUAUCAGCGCUGGUUCAAAAGAAGGCAAAACUGUUGAUGCGAAAGCAAUCUUUACUGGGCACUCUGCAGUAGUAGAAGAUGUGGCAUGGCAUCUGCUUCAUGAGUCUCUGUUUGGAUCUGUGGCUGAUGAUCAGAAGCUUAUGAUUUGGGACACAAGAUCUAAUACUACAUCCAAGCCAAGUCAUUCUGUAGAUGCUCAUACAGCUGAGGUCAACUGUCUGUCCUUCAAUCCGUACAGCGAGUUCAUUUUAGCGACUGGUUCGGCUGACAAGACAGUCGCUCUAUGGGAUCUUCGAAACUUAAAAUUGAAACUCCAUUCUUUUGAGUCUCAUAAGGAUGAAAUUUUUCAGGUUCACUGGUCUCCUCAUAACGAAACAAUCCUUGCUUCAAGUGGUACCGAUCGUCGGCUUAAUGUGUGGGACCUAAGUAAAAUUGGAGAAGAGCAGUCUGCAGAGGAUGCAGAAGAUGGGCCUCCUGAACUCUUGUUUAUUCAUGGAGGACACACUGCCAAAAUUUCAGACUUCAGUUGGAAUCCUAAUGAGCCUUGGGUCAUCUGUUCUGUAUCAGAGGACAACAUAAUGCAGAUAUGGCAAAUGGCAGAAAACAUUUACAACGAUGAAGAACCAGAUAUAGCAGCAGCAGAGCUGGAAGGUCAAGGAACGUAACUUUCCUUCCUUGAGGCAAUACUGGAUGUGACAUAGUAAUAUAAUUUGACUACUGUAUAUAUAUUAAAAAAAAAAAAAGGUACUGCAUCAAAACAAUAACAUUAUUAAUUGGCCACAAAAAGUUUUGUAUAGUCAAGUUGUUGUGGGAUACCUAUGGUUAUUUGGGCACUUUAAGCUAUUGUAUACUGUACAGCAGUUACUUGCUAGGGAAAAUAGGAAUGACUGAAUACCUGUCUCUGUUUUUAAUCAAACUGAAUGGGUUCCUGUAAAUCAUUAAGUCCUCACUUUUCCCGCAAAGAAAGUGGGGAGGUAAAGAAAAAAAGAAAAAAAGAAAAAACUUUUAUUAAUAUGUAAAAAGAGCUUUUCACUUUUACAUAACACUUUUGGCUUAGCUUUGCAUAAAUAAAAUUUAUUUGAUAGAA